AUGUGGUUCUUUUCUUUGCUGCUUCUGGCACCUCUAGAAACGUAUGCCAUAAAGUUCUCCCUACAAGCAUACCGAUACCCCCCAGCAAAAUGCAUAUGGAAUCCAGCACACGUCGACACGCUGGUCAUUGUUACCGCGAAUGUUGCUCCUGGAGACAAGCAGAGGGUGGACAUAGAGAUCGUUGAUUCGAGUCCGCAGAAAAAUGUUUACCUUAGUAAGAGGAACGUCAAUGCAGAGACAAGGUUGGCUAUAACGACACACGCCGAGGGAGAAGUGGGAGUAUGUUUCAAGAAUCAUCUUGACCCGGAUGUUCGGUCAGAAUCGUCAAAAAUGUCUCGCAUAAUCGACUUGGAUGUCGAUAUCGGUGCUGAUGCUGUUGACUACAAUGCCAUUGCAAACCAAGAGUCUCUAUCCGGGCUUGAAACUGAAAUGCGUAAGCUGGAGGGGUUGGUGAAGGAAAUCGUGGAUGAGAUGGGCUAUCUCAAAAAGCGUGAAGAGCGGUUCACGGACACCAAUACGUCCACCAACCAACGCGUCCAGAAUUUUGCUUGGUUCACGAUCCUGUCACUCACGGGUCUAGGAGUGUGGCAAAUCAUGCAUCUCCGCGCGUUCUUCAAGCGCAAAUAUCUCAUUGAUUGA